GCCAUUUUGUGCCCCCCCUCCCCAUGAGAUCCCAUCAGCAGCUACACAGACGCGUUUUUUCCAGCUCCGACGCUUUGGCACUAAAAUAAAAGAAAAGGAGAGAAAGGGGGGGUUUGGGGGAGCUCGCUGUUUUCCCAACCCUGCUCGCCCCCCCCCCCGAAAGAUCCGGGAUCAGAGAGGAUCUGCUGAGGCCCUGAUCCAAAAUGCACAGAACCACCAGGAUAAAGAUCACUGAGCUGAAUCCCCACUUGAUGUGUGCUUUGUGUGGCGGCUACUUCAUAGAUGCAACCACCAUAGUGGAAUGUUUACACUCCUUCUGUAAAACCUGCAUCGUCCGCUACCUGGAGACCAACAAAUACUGUCCCAUGUGUGAUGUCCAGGUGCAUAAAACCAGGCCUCUGCUCAGCAUCAGGUCUGACAAAACCUUACAAGACAUAGUGUACAAACUGGUCCCUGGGCUUUUCAAAGAUGAAAUGAAGAGACGGCGUGACUUCUAUGCAGCCUAUCCCAUGGCAGACGUUCCCAAUGGGUCUAAUGAGGACCGUGGGGAAGUUUCCGAACAAGACAAAGGGAACCUGACAGAUGAUGAAAUUGUCAGCUUAUCCAUCGAGUUUUACGAAGGAAUGAGAGAUGAAAAGAAAGGGACGAUUGAAAACGGGGAUGUGGAAAAGGAAAAGAAGAACGGUGUAAGGUUCCUCCGGUGUCCUGCUGCCAUGACAGUCAUGCAUCUGGCUAAAUUUCUCCGCAAUAAGAUGGAUGUUCCCAGCAAGUACAAAGUGGAAGUUCUCUACGAAGACGAACCUUUAAAGGAAUAUUACACGCUUAUGGACAUUGCCUAUAUCUAUCCUUGGAGAAGGAAUGGGCCUCUCCCUUUGAAAUACCGAGUGCAGCCAGCUUGCAAGAGACUAAAACUGUCCCAGCCUGCAAACUCUGAAUGCACCAACACCAGCGGAGCAUCCGAGUGCGAAUCCGUCAGCGACAAAGCCAACAGCCCGGCCACCUUGCCCGCCACCUCCUCGUCCCUGCCAAGCCCUGCCACACCUUCCCAUGGGUCGCCCAGCUCCAACACCACCACGAUAAGCAUCCCUGCCAACCCCGGCACCAUACUCAAUGGCACCUCGAACUGCCACCAAAUGCCACCCUCCGCCAGCAGGGGGCGCAAAAUGACUGUGAAUGGCAGCACAGCAUCCGCCUUGACCUAGAAGGGACCCCUUGGGCAUGACUUUCCAUUUUAUAUAUAAAUAUAUAUGUGUAUAUAGGAAAAAAAUUAUACAUACUUAUUUUCUAUUGAUUGACCAGAUUAAUUUAAAAUGCAAACAACAGACACAAAAUGUGGUUGAGUAUUUUUUAAUGGUUUUUUUUUUUUUUUUUAACUUUAUGGAACUUGCAUGCCAUGAGCCCAAGUUUAGGUAAAAGCUGCAGCCCCUUCAUUUUCUAUAUCUUCGGUCACCCCAGGAGCUAAUGGACUCACUAGUAGUGGACACACAGGUAAUGGCAAAGCACAUGGACCAAAAGCCUCAAUCCUCAGUGUAAGUGCAUUUGUGGUUCUGACACUUUCUUCCAAAAGGAUGAGUCUUGUCCAGGCAUUUCUUAAGAGUCACGUCUGAUGCCAUGCUUGUGUCAGCCUCCCCUACCCCCUUUCCUGACUGGUUUAGGGAUGAAGAACCUAAAAGCAGGUGUUGAGUGUUUUGUGCAUAUGGACAGGCAGGAAGUGGGGCUCAGAGCUUUGUAAAUCCUGCAGUUCUUCCACUAUCCAAACUUCCAUGGACUUUAAGUCAGAGGCUUGCCUGGAGUUAGGGCCAUUGGCUAAAGUUUUCAAAAGUACGUAAAUAAUUUAGGAGCCCAGUUCCACUGAAAGUCAAUGACCUAUGUGAUUUAGGAGCCCAAAUGACUGUGGUGCCUUUGAAAAUGUUACCCAUAGGGUGUUAUGUCCAGAGCAGCCUAGGGGAUUUAGACACAUCUUCCAUUAAUUUAAAGGGAAGAAUUUGGUCUGAUUCCUCCCCCACCCUCAAGACUGCAUACAGGCCCAGCGGAAGCCAGCAAGAGCUGCAGGUGUUGGGCACCUCUGAAAAUCUGGUCCCAUGAAUCACAUUUUUCAAAAGAUGUCAAGGCCAGAUUUCUGGGAACAUGCUGAAGUGUGUUGUUUCCCUCCCUUUAAAUCUUGCCUGUAUGCAUCUACAUCCCCUAUCCUGCUUUAAAUUUCUCAGCCAGAGGCUCCUUCCCUGGCUCCCUUUAGAAUGACAGCUUUUCCCACUGCCUUGUUGCAAUGUCUUAUCCGAUCAUCUUAAUCACUGGGUAAUCUCCAAAGAGAAUUUCCAUCCCUCUGUAAAUACAUCCCUGCUCCUGUCUUCACUUCAUAAUGAUGUUCCCCUACAUUUCUGUGCAGUGGGGCAGGAAAGGGGAGAGAUCUCAGCUUUAAGGGCCACCAAAGCACAUCCCACUUGGAGGUGGUCUUGGCAAAGGGAUCUAAAGAACCCAGGAACUGGCUUUGCAAAAGGAUGUGGCUUUGUCUCCCUCAUGUAAAUUUUCUUCUCCUUUGCAGAGUAGCUUUCUAAUGACUAUUUGAGGCUUCGAUCCUGCAAAGAUUUAAGCAUGUGCUAACUUGACACACUCCAAGCAGUUCCAUUCAUUAAGCAUCUGCCUUAAAGGUGGAAUGUUCAAGAGAAUCUAGGCAAUUUAAGAGCACAAGUCAUUGAUUUCCCCCCACUCCGCCACAACCCCAAAGGAGGCCGAGGGAUCUAGCCCCUCAUGUCAACAGAAGUUGGGAACCUCUCCUGGGCUCCUUAGUCAUUUAGGGCUCUUUUGAAAAAUCCCACUCAGACUUUGCAGGAAGGAGGCUUUAAGUAACCAACACCACCUUCAAAACAGGUAGCACUCACUUAUUAGACCCAUAACAGCAUUUCACGUAGCCUCAACAUUCAUGAGCAUGAAAUAAUGUGAUCGGGUGGGAAAGGAAGAGAGUUAGGGCCUAUCCCACCCAGGAAACCAGCGUUUCAGUCCUUCCACGGUGGUGAUGGUUACCAGGAGUGUGGUUUCUUUGGUGGGGUGGCCAGAGAUGAUGCCAAAAUGAAGAACCAAUGUAUUUCCCCAUCAUUCUGCUCUUCAUUUCUUCCUCCUCAAUAGCUCCUUGCUUGCUAAAAAGAUUAAAUUUAGCAUUUCAAAGCUUCAUUUUAGUUCAGCCCUGUCCCACCAUCUCCCCUUCAUUCUCCUCAUGCGGGAUUUAAAACAUACAGUGCCUUUAGAAAGGUGGUUUGUUUGUGAAGGGGACAGGGUCAAAAAAAAAAAGGGGGGGGUUUACUAUGUUUUCUUUUAAAAGGCAUGUAGCUUUAUAGUGUGCGGUGCAGCAUUUUGCUUACAUCUUGUUAUGAAAUUGUCCCCAUGCAGGGGGGAAAAAAAACGCACAGGUCCCAUUGCAGAGAAUUCUCUUGCAUCAUCCCCUAAACCUUUUCUUCCAAGCUGCAGUGAUACUUUUCCUUUAAGGCAGGGGUGUGAGCAGGGGCGGC